UCAUCUACAUACCCUCGCGAGCGCGCGCCCGUGCGCUCCAUCAGCAUCUCCUCUCUCAAUCGAGCAGAAACAAACGGGAAUCUCGCGCCUCCCCUCUACUGCAGAGAGAGAGAGAGAGAGAGAGAGAGAGAUGUGUGUAGACAGAGAGAGAGGGAUGGAGAUAUGGAGAGAGAGAUGUAUGUGUAGAGAGAGAGGUGGAGAGAGGAAAAGGGAGUGGUAGAGAAAGGUAGAGAGAGAGGGAGAGAGGUGGAGAGAAAGUGGUAGAGAGAGAGACAGAGGGAAGGGGUGUUGCUGCUCGCGCACAGAAAGAGAAAGAGAGAGAGCUAAAGAGAGAGAGAGAGAGAGAGAGAGAGAGAGAGAGAGGAGCUCAAUAGUCUGCGGCUCGUUCUCGCGCAGGUGAGCGCGGCAUUCCUCUCUGUAAUAUUUGUAUUAUUUUACAUUUUUCUAUCACUGCUUUGUGACGCCACCGGAUCAGGCAGAUCGCGCGAGGACAGAAGAAGCGCGCGCGAGGAGAGGGAUCUGCAGAGCGCGCGGACACGGAAGAGGUGCUGUGCUCUGAAUCUAAUCUCAGAGGAGCACUCAUCACCCCAAAAGAGGAAGAAAUCAGACAAAAAGGAAAAUACAAGAAAAGUUCAGUCGAGAAGAAAAAAAGAAAGCUGGUUCUCAGCGGAUGUUCGGCUGAUGUUGACCUGUUCUGAAAGGGAGAGUCCCAAGGAGAUUUUAUGACGGAAGGUGUAUUCUUGUUCAGAGCAGCACUAAGAGGAGAUCUCCACUAUGAAUGCAGAUAGCGGAGGACGGGUUCGCAAGAGUGUGUCGCUGUCUCUGACUCUCUGGCCAAUCAAAAGAGUUCAGAGUUACCCCAAUCUGUACACAAAGACUGCAGGUAGUGAAGCACACUCUGCAGACUCCGAUGGCUGGCGGUCGCGCAGUGUAACGGAAGGUCUGAGGAACGGUGAUGCAAACAGUUCGUCUCUGGCAGCAAAAGGCUUCCGCAGCGUCCGACCCAACCUGCAGGACAAGAAAUCACCCGUCCUGGUCCCACUCCCGCCCCCUCGGAGAGAGAGCUAUCACAUGACCCCUAACCCUCCCUCUUACAGUUCCCUCCCCAUGCUGUCCGAUCCCGCCCUCGUUGCUUCUGGCUCGUACUCCCUGAAAUCCAGCUCCUCUUCCUCAUACUCUUAUUCCAAGACCACACGUACCACCAGCACCAACACCAACACUGCAUCUCCCAACACAGACUACUCUCCAGAGGCUAAUGCUAAUGCUAACACUUUUAUCACUCAACUCCUAGAGCGCAAGGUUUCGUCUCUCAAGCUAGCUAGUGACGAAAACAGAUCCAACCCUCCAAACGUAGGUGCUAACACGGCCAAAACAUUCAUGGCUAAUGCUAACAUGACUGAUUCUACUAAACUGAACACAGUUAAGACCAUUGCUAACGCUCGCAUCUCCCAUGCUGUAAAAUCUGACCCACAGUCUAAGAAGGUGGAGCCAAGCAAGUCCACGCCCGCUACUCCCCCUUCCCCACCACCACGCCGCGAUUCCACCUCAGCUACUACCACGCACACAGCCUCUCUCUCCAUCCAGAUAGCUCCAAAAGACUCUGGAACAGUACCACAGUCUGGACCAGGACUCGAUGAUGACCAGGACCUGCUGUCCAUCCCCAUAGUACCCCCAAGACCUUCGGCUGAUGCCCUGGGUCAGAUGGCUGUGAAUGGAAGUGCUCAUUCCCAGAGGUCCUUCUCACCUCCAGCACAUCCCCCUCCUCCAGCAGCCCUCAGCCCAGGAAUAGUGCAGAUCCAGCAGAGCAGACGCUCAGAAGGCUCAGAGACAUUUGAGAGUGAGUCCGCAGUGUCCGGUCAGACUGUGGUCAGCAGCACUACACCCAUCGCUCGUUUUUCCGAGGAAGAGAAGAAAGUUUCUUUGAUCAAGGCGCCACACUACGAGGGCAUCGGCCCAGUGGACGAGUCGGGCAUCCCCAUCGCCAUACGCACGACUGUAGACAGGCCUAAGGACUGGUACAAGACCAUGUUUAAGCAGAUCCAUAUGGUCCAUAAACCUGAUGAUGACUAUGCAGACACAUACAACGCCACCUACGCUGUCGUAAAUAACGAAAACUACGACCCCGUCCACGCCCACCCUCCACCACGGACACACACCUACCGGCCACUGUCCCGGAACACCAUGGAACCGCCCCAGCGGGAGCCGAGCCCCACCCCCAUCCCACCACCACCUCCACCCAUGCCUUCACUGCUGCAGCUUCGUUCUCGUGAUCUGGACCGGGAGAAAGACCUGCUGCAGGACCCAAAUGAAUGGAGUCCUCCUGACCGCAAAGUGGACACGCGUAAAUAUCGGGCGGAGCCACGCAGCAUCUUUGAGUAUGAACCGGGAAAAUCAUCCAUUCUAGAGCAGGAACGACCGAGUGUUGAGUUUUCAGGAGAUGAGAUAGAUUUAGAGAACGAGCCUUGGUUUAAGUUCUUUUCUGAGCUGGAGUUCGGUCGGCCGCCUCCUAAAAAGAGGCUGGAUUACACUCCUGACUGCUCCACGCGCUCGCUCACGCAGACGUCCCUCUAUCUCCCGCCCUCCGACAGGCCCGAGGGGGCCCAGAGUGCUGCCGGUGAUUACAGAAAAAGACGAAAGUCAGAGCCUUCCGGAACAGGAAAUGAGCAGAAUGCCAGUCAGGCCCCAGCACGGCCACUCGACCCCUCCAGAUCCAGCACUCUGAAGAAACCCACCAUACGUUCCUCUCCUUCAUCCCCAUCCAGAGGGAAAGUCGGGGGUGCUAGUGAGUCUCUGUCCCCAUCAGUCAGCUCCCCAGGUAUGGCGUCUUCCCACCUCUCCUCUGACUCCCUCACCCUCUCCUCGUCCACCAUACGCAGCUCCAAGCGUUCCAUCUGCUUUAAGAACGGUUGGCAGACAGGCCGGCAGGAGGGUGGGGACACGUGGAGUAGCGUGGAGGACGAAGAGGCUGCUUCGCCUCGCCUCAAAUCACGCAGCUGCGAUGACUUGCUUUCAGACGGGAACGGUGGAAUGCCCGGGCGAGCCUCCAGCUCCAUGACUGCCACUCGUUCGGAAAGCGCGGGAUCCUUGAUUGAUGACGGUGGAAUUCAGCAACAGCAGCAGGCAAAGAGUCUUAACUCGUCCCCUAGGGGGCGGCGGCACCACCGACGCAAGAUGGCUCAUGAUACACCUGGAUUUCUGCAGCUGUACAAGAAGAUGCACCACAUCGACCGAGAGCAGCUGCUUCCCUCAGAGGUGAUCCGCUCUGUCCGCGCUCGUAUUCUGGAACUCGAACGGCAACAGCAGCAGCAAGGCAAAAACCUCCAUGCCUGGCCUCCAUACGAGGUGCCACAGCACAUGGUGCCGAACCGGAUUUCGGCAUACGAACAGCUGAUCCAGAAGUCUAAAUCCAUGCCAGACCUUGGAGAGGAUAACACUCCAUCAGGCACCACUACACCAGGCUCUUCUCGAGCCAGCAGUUGCCCUAAACGGCGCUUCUCAGUGGAGUCCCUUCUGGAAGAAGAAGACCCUCCUGAAAGGAGUCCGCCGGAAGGUCAGCCGCGACCAGGUCCUGAGAACCGCAGCCUUGUGCCCGUAGUCAGACAGAACCAGCGCCAACAGCAGGACUACUCGGACAGCGAGCAAGACGCUUGCGCUUCAGAAUUGAGUGACUUCAUCCAAAUCGAAGGCUCGUCUUUCUGCAGCGAGAGUGACCUGGACCACUGCUCGCUGGCCUCAUCUGAGAGCUUCUAUGGGUCUGGACACCUUCACCACCAUCACCACCACCACCACCAUCACCGACACCAUGGCAGCCAUCACCACCAGAGUCUUGGCCAGAGUCAAGGGUACCAUCACCGCCACCUGAUCAGCUCUUGCAAGGGCCGAUGCCCGGCUUCCUACACACGCUUCACCACAAUGCUAAAGCACGAGCGGGCACGGCAGGAAAGUCGCGCCGCCAUGACCUCUCCACUGGCUCAGCAGUCAGCCAUAGAUUCGGGCCUUUCCAAGCUGGCCUUCCUGGUCAGCCCUGUGCCUUUCCGCAGAAAGCGGGGAUCUCCGCCGUCUCAGAGGCGCCACAGUCGCUCCGGCCGCCACAGGUCGAAAACAUCCAUCUACGAGGCUUUAGACGCCGCCCUGCAGGACAUUUACGACCACAUAAGGGCGGAGAAAGGGCUCGGACCGGCACGACUGCCGGACGAUAGUAUUUUGCGGCGGCUAUUGGAGGAGUUGCUCCCGGAUGUUCCCGAGAGGAGCUCCUCCUUGCGGAGUCGGAGGGGGUUCCACUCGUCCACCUCCUCCUCUUCCCACUUCUACCAGCCUUACCACAGUGCCUCCUACCAGCAGUCGCACCACGCAGACGCCUCCAACAACAACCAGCACGCCAACGCAACCUGCUGUUCAGAUCAGGGCUCGGAUGCUGGCUCCAACACGCCUCAGAACAGAAGAUCUACUCCAGAUCCAGAGGUGUCCACUAAGCAGAUGACAUAUCUCAUAUUGUCUUCUCUCCUCCAUCAGAGACAGUCUGCCAGGGCUAUUUACGAUUUUAAAGCUCAAACCAGCAAGGAGCUGUCCUUUAAGAAGGGCGAUGCAAUCAACAUCAUCAGACAGAUCGACAGCAACUGGUAUGAGGGAGAGCACAGGGGACGCAUCGGCAUUUUCCCCAUUUCCUACGUAGAGAAGGUAGCGUCUCCAGAGCGAAAGCAGCCGGCUCGCCCCCCUCCCCCAGCACAGGUCAGAGAGAUGGGGGAGGCUGUGGCUCGAUACAACUUUAACGCUGACACCAAUGUUGAGCUGUCACUGAGGAAGGGUGAGAGGGUGAUUUUGUUGAGGAAGGUGGAUCAGAACUGGUUUGAAGGCAGAAUUCCCGGCUCCAGUAAGCAGGGAAUAUUCCCAGUCUCGUAUGUGGAUGUCAUCAAGGGAUCCCCUUCCAAGAGCCCCACUCAUCAUGGAGACACACACAGGGGGCAGAAGGUAAAGAGGAUGAUGCAGGAUUCUUCUCAUGGAUCUGGAGAACUGUUCCAGGCAGUGUAUAACUACGUACCCCGGAACGAAGACGAGCUGGAGCUGCGAGUGGGUGACAUCAUAGAAGUCAUGGAGAAAUGUGAUGAUGGCUGGUUUGUAGGUACGUCUCGGCGUAGCAAGAUGUUCGGAACGUUCCCAGGAAACUACGUUAAACCACUUUAACGAAGACUACGGCACAACCACGGCAACUCCGAUGCCUUCCGUAUAGGGCCCACGUGGAACCUCAACCCUGAGUGUGUGUUUGAGAGUUUGUGUGUAUGCUUUCUUAUGCGUGUGUGCGUGCGUGUGGGUGUGUGUGUGUGUGUGUGUGUGUAUGCUCAUGCAAAAAAAAAAAAAAAAAAAUUUUAGCUCUCACUAGCCAUCUCUACACAGAAUUCUAUAGACUCCUCCAAUGAAGUUUUUUUUUUUUUUCUGUUUGUUUGAUCAAAUAUACAAGUUUGCCUUCAUUUGUACAUUCAGCUUCAGCUCACAGUUCUAUUAUUUAUUAGUGAUCAUAUUCCGAUAAGCAAUAGUCUCGGAAGAGAGAGUAUGGGUAGGUGAAGGAGAAUGAGAGCGUCCGGAGUCAAUCGCUGUCUAAGAAAGUGUGUUUGUGUGUUUUUGCACGGUUGUAGAGUUAGGUUGCUGAAGGACCACAUCGCUUAAAAGUUCGUAAGUGGAUUUUUAAGGUGGUUUGGAUUUAGGCGAUUGAUAUACAGUACUUUUUUGCGUAAAAGCAAUAAGAAAACCUGUGAUGAUUCAACAUUUUUUCCUGUAUUUAAUAGUAAGAUGUCCGCAGGGAAUGUGUACAGAAGUAUCGUCACGAAAGGAAGCGAAGAGAAGCAAAGCGAAGCAAAGUAUUACUUUAUUGAACAUGGCAAUCGGUGCAUUUGUAUUAAAAUACAUUUUAAAAAUGCAAACAGUAUCAAAUAGCAUCAGUAGUGUUCGAUCAUCAAAUGGUCUAGUAGUCAAGGCGAUUCGAUUCUUGAAGACGUUUCGCUACUCAUCAUUUUUUUGCCAUAGAAUGUAAAUAUAAUAAUGAUAAUUAAGCUUUGAGGUGUUAUCUUGUGAGUGAGGUUGAACACUGGCAAUUGUGCUCAUGGCAAGGCAACAUGAGUUGUUACACAGCUCUGAAAAAAAAUUAAGAGACCAAUUCAUUUUCUGAAUCAGUUUCUCUGAUUUUGCUAUUUAUAGGUUUAUGUUUGAGUAAAAUGAACAUUGUUGUUUUAUUCUAUAAACUACGGACAACAUUUCUCCUCAAAUUCCAAAUAAAAUAUUGUCAUUAAGAGCAUUUAUUUGCAGAAAAUGAGAAAUAGCUGAAAUAACAAAAAAGAGAUAAUAAAAGAGAUAAAUAAAAGUUCAGAAAUCUGUUUUUUAAUCACAGUUUUUAAUCAUGCAUCUUGGCAUCAUGUUCUCCUCCACCAGUCUUACACACUGCUUUUGGAUAACUUUAUGCCUGCAAUCCUGGUGCAAACAUUUAAGCAGUUCAGUUUGGUGGUUUGUGAUCAUCCAGCUUCCUCUUGAUUAUAUUCGAGUUUUUUUUUUUUGUAAAAUUAAAGAAACUCAUCAUUUUUUGAUAUGUGGUGUCAAAUAUCUGUAUUUCUAUUGAAACAUAGGCGCUCUCCUUAAAACUCGUCCCCAAUUAGACUUUCCUAAAGUUAGUGCUUCAUUACGACACAAGGUGGCGCUAUGAUCAAAUAAAUAUGGUAAAAAAAAAACUGCAAUGAAGCAUAUUGGCUGUCAAAUUCUGUGAAACUGACACCAAUAAAUGCAUAAUGUCUGAUAAUUUCUUAUUUAGAAGUUUUUUUAUCCUCUUCGGAAACGAUUGUCUUGCAAUAUAUCGAGUAUCACAAUGUAUCAUGUUAUUAUAGUAUUGUGAUUCCCACCCCAUGUAGACAGCGAGCUCAGUGGAUGGUAAUGAUUGGGAUCGGCGGCGAACAGAUAAGCCAUUCAAGCCACCAACUGGAGGUUCCUUAAAGGGGAAGUCUGGUGUGAAAUGGACUUGGGUGUAGUGAAACAUAUGAUAAUAAGUAUGAACUUUUGUCUAAUAGUUCACCUCCGUUCACCCCCUGCAUUCUGAAAUACAGCACUUUUAGCUGAUGCUGCCAACAGGUUUACAAUGCUAGUGAUAGGGGCAUAAAUUUGCUCAUGCUAAGAAAUUUCUAUUUCACACCAAUAACAAACUUAAAGUAGCUCCAAACUUCAUUGGUAGAAUUAUGAAGGCACAGAUGUUGACUAAAGUUCACUUAAAAAACAUUGUUUAUACACACAGUACCUUCAGAUAGAUCUCCAGUGCCGCCAUCUUGAAAUUAAGUCAUGAUAAAUCAGCUGACGGGCAUAGACGUAUAGGCAGGACCAAUCUGCUAAUCUUUUAGUGCCAUAUAUACCAUAGGACACGUUCAAAAGUUUGGUAGAGACCACUAUGAUAAAAUGUGUUUGUGGGCGAAGAAUUUAAGAUUUAAAAGGUCUGAAAUAUCAACUUUAUAAACGUUAUAAUCUAUUUACAGUACCUACAGAGAGUUGUGGUUGUGGAUGGAGCAAUAAAUGGUCCAUUAUUUUUUUUUCGAAAUGUCUUCAAGACUUGUCGCCUUGACUACUACUGGACAUUUCUUGAAAUGUCUUCAUAACUUCAGUGAUUUCGAUAUAAACAGUCAUUUAGAUAUGGUUUAGUAUGAAACUGUCCAUUGUAAGAAACCAGGGCUCCCUAUGACAACACACAGAUAUAACCACUGUAUUUUGUAUUUUUUAACAAUCAGACAACAUUAGGGCUGUAACAAAGCAACAUGACACGAUGCAUCACGGUGAACAAAAUGUGACUAUGUGCAUUGUGGGAACAGACGAUUCCACGUUUUUUUCCUUGUUUAUUAUGCGCCUCAUGCUUGUGCAAGCCAGAGAACCAGUGGGCGAAAGCAAAGGGCUUGGGAUAUGACAUUUUAUGUCAUUGGUUUAGACUGAAAUCAAUCAAUCAAACAACUGCUUUUUGAUGUCAGUCACUUUUUAUUAAGCCAAUCAGCAGCCAGAUUUUUUUUUGUUGCUGCUGCUGCUGUCUAGUAACAGAGUUUUACUGUGGUUCUUCUGGUGUUUGUAACGUUUUUACCAGCCCACAAUCGAAAUUCGAGUUAAGUGAAGUUGAGCUGGCUUAAAUGUUAUGAUGAAAAAUGGAAAAAUCUGUAUGGAAAAGGAAAGUUCGUUUUUUCCCUUUUUCUGUCACUCUUUCACUUCUUUUUUUUUUUCUUUCAUAAUUGGCGCUCCACGACGUGGCUUUAAUCACGAAUCUCACUUUGUAAAACGACGACGCACAAUAUAACAGGCUUCACAGAGUAGUUUGAGGAAUAUUACGUUUUAUAAAAGUGCUCAUUUUUACGCCAGUUUUGUUCGAUUUGAAAGGUUGAAAAUGUUACAGCGAUUCAGUAUUGAGAGUAUUUUCUGCACAUGGAGUGUGUAGCCUCACUGUGUUAAACUCAUGUAUUUUUAUUAUGUUUUUUUGUUUGUGAUGUACAAGUGUGUGUGAUUGUGUGUGUGUGUGUUGGAUCGACAGAUUUAACAGCAAUCUUUAAAGCACCUUAAACACAUUAGCUGUGAGUGAUUUGAGUUUUCUGCACUUUUCUGGUUUGCGUUUGCUUUCAGAAGCUUCACCAGUUUGAUUAUUAUUGUUUUUUUUUUUUUUCGUUUGUUUGUUCGUUUGUUCAUUUGUUUUGUAUUGUCACAUAUAUAUAUCGACUUAUAAAGACUUAUAAAGUCUUGUCUCUGCUCACCGA